GAACAGAGGGCGUAUCGCUUUCAGGGAUCACCUAAAAGCGGGCCAUGACACCUCUCAGUCUUCUUUCUGGUCAUAUGGUCAAUCGCGACGUAGUCAAACGGGACGCUCCCGGCGUUGAAACUACUUUAGUAAAUAAUUAAUUUUUGCGCUACAAAUUACUUCUGUUUAAAGAAUUUGUAUUUAAAAUUUGUACUUGCUUAGAUUGUGUCGGUUGCAUAAUUAUUAGACACAGAUUUUAAUAAAUACGAAAAAAUUCUAUCAUAAUCUACUUAUGUUUGCACGUGCGUUUCAUUGUACACAGGGUGCAUCAUGUAAUUUCAAUUCUACAUUGGAAAAACAGGUUAAACGCAGUACAUUGAUUCUGCAAUGUGCUAUGUUAAUCGAUCAUUGGAUUCUUUGUUACUAUGAUGGAAGAUAUAGAUGCCACAGUCUUCUACAGUGAUGAAGAUGAUUGUUUGGAUUAUGGAUGCUUGCACAAUAAUGUUGAAUAUGAUUAUGAUUAUGCAGAUACAGAAAAGGAAACUCUAUAUGAAUUAUAUCAAUAUUGUCUUAACCCAAGUCUAUAUGAUACAGGAUAUAAGUUGUUACCUUUGUUGGGUUGCACGAUCCUGUUUAGAUUAUUUGUUCACAUUCAAUACAUAUCAUACAAGAUAUUUCAUAUAUUAUCAGUAAUCAUAGGCUUGUAUAUUAUCCAUCAUUAUGUGCACGAAUCUUUAAUUGUAUUGAUUGUAUAUGUUCUAUUUUCUUAUGCUAUUUUAUACGUGCCAAAAAAAUUGCAUGGUGGUAUAGGAAUCUUUUUACCAUCUCUCUUGAUAAUUGCAUAUUGUGAAUUUUUUAUGCAAUCAGUUAUAUGGCAUAAAAUACGCAGUGUUGUUAUGAUUAUGGUGAUGAAAGGAAUUAGUGUCGCCAUUGAUAGAAAUGACUUGAACAACUUACCAGAUAUUUAUAGUUACAUGGGUUACAUGUUCUGUGGUGUAACUUGUCUAUUUGGACCAUGGGUAUCCUUCAAGGAUUACUUAUUAUUGCGUUGUUCUUCUAACAUUCAGGCAAAAUGGUGGAUAAUAUGUGGCAUGGGAUAUGCUUUCCUUUCCUUUGUCUUCCUAAGCAUUUCAAAUUGUUGGAUGCAUUGGAUAUUUGUAGAUAGUUUUUGGAAAUUCUUUUUUCUCAAUUUUUUCAGGUGGUUGAUAGCAUAUCGAGAUGCAUUGUCUUUUAGAGCAUCCCACUAUUUUGUAUCAUACAUAGGUUCAGCAUUGUUAAUUUUAGGUGGAUUUCCACUUUCAUCAUCAAUGAUAGUUAAGCCUUUGUAUAUUGAAUUUCCACACUCACUUGUACAGGUUGUCAUUUAUUGGAACAUUCCAAUGCAUUAUUGGUUAAAAACUUAUAUUUUCCGUCCAAGCAUGAAAAACAUUGGAACGUUUGGUGCCGUGAUUUUCACAUACCUAAUAAGUUCUCUUUUACACGGAUUAAACUUUCAACUGGCAGCUGUAUUACUUAGUCUAGGAUUUUAUACAUAUAUUGAAUUUCAACUCAGGGCUAUGCUUGCUGAUACUUUUGACGCUUGUAUUGCGUCCAAACAGUGUGCCAAACGAAAAUGCAUACAUAAACAUAAUUCUUCUAAUUGUUGGUGGGUGUUUAUAACGAAUUUGGCAUUCUCCGGAUUGGCGAUGUUUCACUUAGCUUAUUUAGGUCUCAUGUUUAAUACAUCCGAUCUGCAAGAAACAGGGUACAAUUAUAGCCAUACUAUCGACAAGUGGAAUGAACUCGGAUUCGCUAGUCACUGGGUAGCUCUAGCUACAUAUUGUAUAUAUUUUUUAAUGAAAUAACCAAUUAUUUUAUAUAUUGAUAAUAUGAGCAAUUAAU